UAAUAACAUAAAUUCGCAUAUUUCGUCUUGUUUGGUGACUAUUUGGUGAUGUAAGAAAUCGGUGUCGAUAUCAGUCAAGCAUGAGUGCCAGACAUGCAAGGCGUACGGGUAGUGCUUGUACUGCUCUCUCUGGGAAUCCUAGACCCAAGCGAUGGUGCGAUGACAAUGAAACAGCUUAAAAAUUCACUGGAAAUGAUGAGGAAAGCAUGUGCACCGAAAUAUAACGUGGUGGAAGCUUCAUUGGACGAGUUGAAGGCAGGAAGAUUUGCGGAUGGAGCAGAUAAAGAGCUUAAGUGUUACACCAUGUGUAUUGCGCAAAUGGCGGGAACGCUCACGAAGAAAGGAGAACUGAGUCUUUCGAAAACAACUGCCCAAAUCGAGGCUAUGUUGCCACAAGAACUCAAGGCCGCUGCUAAGGAAGCUCUUAACGCAUGUAAAGAUACACAAGCCGGAUACAAGGAUCCAUGCGAAAAAGUGUACUUUUCGGCAAAGUGUGCUGCAGAGUACAAUCCGGAUGUUUUCUUCUUCCCCUGAAUGGAGUGAAUUUUACCGAAACCUGGCAAGAACUACUGGAAAACGAUUCUGGACGAUGUAUUAAUAUUUGUGUUAUUAGUUCAAUCAGAUUUUUAUUACAUGCUUAAGUAGUGAUUUCUGUUUGCAAGUUUUGUCAAUUUCGUGUUAUUUAUGUGUCUUAUAAUAUGUGUUAGUAUUUGAAUACAAUAAAAAAUCUAUAAAAAAUAAA